ACGUAGCGUAAAUCACCAUCGCUCUUGCCAUCUAGGGCAAACAAAUCACAUGAUCCAACCCCCCACAGCUCCUCCCCAAAAAUUCACUCCGGCAAAAUUGGUCUCCCAAAUUGAAGAAUUCUCGAUCGCCAUUCAACUAACCGCCCAAACACCACAGCCAAGAUGACGAAGGGUACCUCCAGCUUCGGUAAGCGUCACAACAAGACGCACACCUUGUGCCGACGAUGCGGUCGCCGCUCUCUUCACGUUCAGAAGCAUGAGUGCUCUUCUUGCGGCUACCCUGCUGCCAAGAUCCGCAAGUACAACUGGUCUGAGAAGGCUAAGCGAAGAAAGACGGUCGGCACUGGCCGCACUCGCUACCUCAAGGAUGUGUCUCGACGAUUCAAGAACGGUUUCCAGACUGGUACCCCCAAGGGCGCUCGAGGCGCUACUGCCGAGAAGGCCUAAAUGGGGACCGCAUCCCUUCUGAUCCCUUCCACCACCUCUCUGGCCUAACCCUCUUCCACCACGGACGUUAAAAACACCCGCCUCUUCGAGAACAUACAACAGCAAUGGCGGCUCAUAACAUGAGCCUAGACCCAAGGACAAUCUGGUUGGAACCGGAGUUAGGGUGGUGAUUGGGACGGGCGGUCGUGUUUGUCGGUUCGUGGAUGAAAGGAGUGUAAAGGAGCGGCUUGGAGCAUGGGCAUGGUGUUUUACAUGUUUGAGCAAGGAAGUAAAAAAAAAAGGACCCUUUUGCUCUUCUGAGAUUCCAUAGGGUUUCGGUUACGAGGUUCUGAAAUGGCAUCUUGAUUCUGCAUCAACGUACCUAUGGCUAUUGAGCGGACCUACGUGAGGAAAAAAUUUGGUCGACUGUCGUGGCAACUCACGUCUCGUGCAUGACACCAUACUGAUUGAGGUGUGACCUGCAACUUGAAAGGCUGUCAAGCGGCGGUUCUGAGACCAACAUCUUGCAUGCCACGACGAUUGCUCUUGGCUUUGAUUUUGGUUUCUAUUUAGCAUCCAUCAUGUCCCUCUUUCAAAGACCUUAACACCGCCAUCCGCAACAACAUGAUAUAAAUAUUCAGUAGCACCACCCAAGGUCUCUGCUCCAGGUCCUGUAAUACGUACUACUCCACUGAC